UCCCGCUCCAAUAGCAUGACCCGGCCCAGCAGCAAAUUAAUUUACAAGCAGAGAAAAGAGUAUUCACAAGCCAUGGCUGUCAAACAGUCCAACUUCCAGCACCGAGUGGAGCACCUGCUGACCUGCAAACUGGACUCCCGCGUGAUCCAGGACACGGAGGAUGUGAUGCGACAGCUGCAGUUGAUGGAGGCGCAGGGCCGGGUUUGGGGCCAGGAUGUGGUGCUGCAAUCUAAAGACCACCAGCUGCAGCUGCUGGACAUCGAGACCAGGGAGGAGCUGGACUGCUACCCCUUGGAUGGCGUGCAGGAGCUGGACGCUGUGCUCAACAGCUGCUCCUACGACUCCAUCCUGUCCAUCACCAUCCGGGAGUCGAGCCAGACCCCAUCCAGCGUCCUUCUCUUUCAGUGCCGGGAAGUUGGGGCCGAGCUUCUAAAGUUCAACCUGCAGAAGCUGAUAGAUGAGAGGAGGGGCAGCCGGCAGUACAGGAGCAACCUGGAGGCCAUCGUGGCCCACCAGGGCCGGGCUGGGCCACCACCUUGGCAAGGGGACAGAGGCUGGAGAGGGGACGGCGGCUGGAGAGAGGACGGAGGAGGGAGAGGCCCAGGGGGCAGCCCAAGCAGCGGACAUCAGGACGGAUGGGCUGGACCACCCUCUCCCAGGAACAUCCCUGCCCAGGCACCUUCCACCUGGAGCCCCUCCUCUCCACAGCAGCCCCUUUGGGCACCCCCUCAGGAGCCACCACCCCGGGGACGCAUUGAGCGAGGUCUCCCGGCCCCACAGUACCCCAGCACUCAGGAGUGGAGGGGCUACGAUCCACAGCCCCAAAAACCUCAGCCACCCCAGGACAUGGAGCAAGAGAAGGAUAUUCUGAACCACCUCCUGACUGACAUCGAGCUGUUUAGCGAGAGGGUGAGGAAGGCCAGAGAAAAGAUGGAUAAGAAGCGGAAGCUGAGGAAGAAGAACCAAGGAGUGUCUCUCCCACUGCCCCAGUUUGAGGACUAUUUCCAGAAGAUCAAGUGUUCCUUCAACCUGUUGGGCAUGCUGAGUCCCAGCUUGCAGCAGCCAAGCUCCACGGACCUGGUGCACAUUCUCUUCCAAACCCUGAUUUACGUCCUGGCUAACUGCCCCGAGCACAACCUGGCGGUCUCAGUGGUGAUCCCCCUGCUCACCCCCACAGCCAUUGCACUGCUGCAGGAGUGUCUGAGCUCCGAAGAGGCCACAGUGUGGGAGUCCCUGGGCCAAGCCUGGAGAACUCCCAGGGAGUUCUGGCCAGAGGGAGCUUUCCUGCCCUCCUACGUGCCCCGCUUCUAUGAUGGCUGGCAGCCUCCCGAGUCCUCACUAGGGGAUGAUUUUUCAGGCCCUGCCCAGGUCCCAGGGAGAACCCAGGGCUUUGGAAGCCAGCCCCCGAGGCCCCAGGACUCCUCCUCCAGUUCACCCUUGCGCAUGAGGGUGCUGUACGAGUUCCAAAGUAGGAACCCCCCGGAGCUGACGGUGUCACAGGGCGAGAUGCUGGAGAUCCUCGACCAGAGCAAACAGUGGUGGCUAGUGAGGAACAGACAAGGCCAGACAGGCUACAUCCCCAACAACAUCCUGGAGGCCACUCAGCCACGAGGACAGGGCCCGAUGCUGCGGCCCAGUUCCAGGCCUGAGGAGGUGACCGCCUGGCUCCAAGCAGAGAAAUUCUCCACCAUCACUGUGAAGGCACUGGGGGCCCUGAAUGGGAGGCAGCUGCUGCAGAUGGGACCCCGAGAAUUGCAGAUGGUGUGCCCAGAGGAAGCCCCUCACAUCCUGGCCCGGCUUCAGCAAGUUCAAAAGGAGGCCCAUGGGAUGGGCCCCUAGGGGCCCCAGCAGCACCCAGCCGGCGGGACCUUCCUCCUCCGCUGCUGAUGGCAAGAGCAGUUGCGCACCCCACUCCCACCACCCCAUCCUGUAACCCCUGGGGUGACACCUCCCCUUCCCUGAAUGUCCCCAGCCCCCCUGCCUUGGGUGAGGUGGGGCUAGGCCUGAGGAAGGUGACCAAAUGCUAGGCCCGGUGGCCACCUCCAAGCCCCAAGUAAUUUUUGCCCCUCCCUUGGCCCUCAGAGCCCUGCAGGACCCAGGCCAGGCCUCACCAGGCACCUCCUCCAAUUCUCCUCCCCUCCUUUCCCCUAAUAAA